UUUGCAGACCGACUAAAGAAAAUGCUGGUAACAUUUAAUUUACUGUUGUUUUUUUUUCGCAUCGAUUUUCGUUAAAAAAAGUUUCGAAAGAGUAAAGAGAAAGUUUUAUAAUGAAUAACAAAUAAAGUACUAAAGUCGUUUAGAAGACUCGAACAUAAAAGGGACUUUCUAAAGUACAUAGUUGGAUAUUACCGUCUUUUAAAUAUAUAUACAAUAUACAAAAAUGGAAAAUCACGAUGUAAAAGAAGAUAAAUACAACCACCAUGAUAAUUAUAAAAAUAUCCAAAUAAAAAUUAACAAUUUGAAUAAAGACGAAAAUGAUAACCAGUUUUUAAAAAAGAAAAAAUAUAAGCUCAAAUUUGCUUGUGCUAAAUUUUUUAAAACCAAGUUACUUGAUAGUUACGAACAUCAGGAAAUCGUAGACUCAGAUGUAAGUGACAAAACUGAGUUACAGUUAAUUCAUGAAGGUAUUUUUCAAAAAAGAAACUAUUUUGAUGACUCAAUGUGUCGCAAAAUUGAGAAAAAAAUUGAUGGUAUAGUAGAAAAAGCUAAACGGGGAUUAUAUUUACCAAACACAUUUGACAGUGCACCUUUACGAAAUAAGUACUUUUUUGGUGAAGGAUAUACAUAUGGGAAACAUAUGGAAAAUAAAGGUCCUGGUCAAGAAAGGCUGUUCAAAAAAGGAGAGGUUGAUAAAAUACCUAAUUGGAUUCAAAAGCAUGUGAUAAAAAAACUUUAUGAUGAUAAAGUGGUUCCAGAAGGUUUUAUUAACAGUGUUGUUAUAAAUGAAUACUUCCCUGGUGGCUGCAUUGUUUCUCACAUUGAUCCUAUUCAUAUAUUUGACAGACCUAUCAUAUCAAUAAAUUUUAAUACUCGUUCAUUUUUAUCUUUUGGAUGCAAAUUUACAUUUAAUCCUAUUCGAACAAGUGAACCAGUGUUAUCUCUUCCGAUGGAUAGAGGUUGCUUAACAAUGAUAAGUGGCUAUGCAGCAGACAAUAUAACACAUUGUAUACGACCAUGUGAUAUUACAGAAAGACGUUGCGUAAUUAUUCUUAGAAGUAGUACAAGCUCUUCCAACAUGGCCAAAAAGAUGCCAUUGGCAAAGUUUGCCCCAACAAAAGAUAAAAACGUUAAAGCAGUGAAGAAAUUACUCAUGCUAUGUAAUUUUUCCAGAUAUUUUUUUCCAUGAGUUGUGUGUCAGCAAAGUUUGUUCCAAAACUACCUAAUUUUUAUCAAAAGAAUCUUUACAUCGGCAUUACUUAGGAGUCAUC